AUGCUCUACGAGAUGUUGACCGGACAACCUCCGUUCUACAACGCCGCAAGUAGGACGCAGCUCUACUCGAUGAUAAUGGAUGGCGCAGUAUACUUCCCACCAACCAUCAGUGACGAAGCUCGUGACUUGAUGCAAUGUCUGCUACGCACAGACCCGAGGGAGCGUCUUGGAGCACGUCGAGCGUCCGGUGGUGGCGCGACUGCAGUCAAACUUCAUCCGUUCUUCACUAAGCACCACAUCGACUGGACUAAACUACUGAAUCGAAGUCUACGGACGCCUCCACUUCGUCCUCGCUCGGGUCAAUUCGCCAACUUCGACUCCGAGUUCACGUCCAUGGCACUUCGUGGCAUUGAGAGUAUGGUCAAGUUCCCGGACAAGAUCCCGAUGGACUACCAACUCUUCGACAAUUACAACUGGGAGCCACCCAAAGCCACCAAGUAA